AAAGUGAUGAUUAUUCUUGGGCAAAUUAUAAAUUCAUUCACAAUCAAAAAUGAUUUUUGAUCCAUAUGACGGAUGUAAAUCAAAAAAUUUAUGGUAUAUUCAGUGAAUUUAAAAGAAAAGAAAGUUAACUAUGACCAUCUCAUUGCAGGAGUAGCAGGGGGUGUAGUAUCUGCAUUUAUUUUACACCCUUUUGAUUUAUUGAAAUUGAGAUUUGCUGCUAAUGACGGAUUGACAAAUACAAUACCCACCUACCAUGGUGUACUAGAUGCCUUUCGCCGUAUUUAUAAAUACGAAGGCAAUAUAUUUGGUCUUUACAGGGGAGUCACCCCAAAUAUUAUUGGAUCAGGAACAGCUUGGGGACUUUAUUUUUUUAUAUAUAAUGUUUUGAAAUCGUGGAUGAAUGAAGGUAAAAGUACAACUUCAUUAACACCUUUACAAUCUACAUGUGCAGCUGCUACCUCAGGUUUAACAACACUCCUAUUAACAAAUCCCAUAUGGCUAGUCAAGACAAGACUUUGUUUACAAACAAAUGAUCCAAGUGUCACCAUCCAUAAAUUCAAAAUUUACAGGGGAACCUGGGAUGCUCUUACAUCUAUAUACAAAUAUGAAGGAACCAAAGGCCUAUAUAAAGGUUUCGUUCCAGGUCUUUUUGGAGUUUCUCAUGGCACUCUCCAAUUUAUGGCCUAUGAAGAACUUAAAAAAAGAUAUUACAUUUACAAACACCUCCCAAAAGAAAAAAAAUUGAACAAUCACGAAUACCUAACUAUGGCCGCCUUGUCGAAAAUUUUCGCGGUGAAUUUAACGUACCCAUUUCAAGUUAUCAAAUUUCGACUUCAAGAUAGGAACAAAGAUUAUGGCGGGUUUAGGGACGCAGUUGUCAAAAUUAUGAAGCACGAAGGUAUUCUCGGGUUUUAUAAAGGAUGGAUUCCUCAAAUCUUACGCGUGACGCCAGCCACUUGCAUAACAUUUCUCGUUUACGAAAAUUUAAUACAAUAUCUUAGCGAAUUAUAACUUUAGAAAUAUUUUACCAGAUAACAUCUGUUGUGAUUGAUAUCUUUUUUUUUUAUAUAUAAAUACUCUUUUGUUGACUC